CUCUGACUCCCAACAUUACUGUGUUCUGCUGUAAGUACAACACACUUCCUACUACUGAAUAACAGAAACGCUUUUACUUCAUCUUUUGGUCUGUGAAUUCAUAACGGUUAAACGUGCGAAUAGGUACUUCGUUUGCUUUGUUAUUCCGUGGACACCUGUUCGAUCGUGAAGCUUAAGGACAGACAGACAGAAUGAUUGAUCUGCAAAAUUUAAAGCAGCCGUCAGUUGCCAUUAAAGCAGUUGAAGUUGUCCUGCUUAUCAUCGCCGUAUCCAUAUUCGCGGGCCAUGGUACCCACUGGAGCUACUUCGCCAUGAGCACGAUGCUGGGCAGUCUCCUCAACGCUAUCGUACUCCUCGGGUGUUUCUUGCUAGGAUACAUGCAGAUUCAGAAGACCCCCUUUGAACUGGUGCUCAAUGUAUACUACACCUUGGCAGUGUUCGUGAGCUCCAUCUUACUCAUGGCGAGCGGGUACUCCAUCUUUGUGGCCAGUGGCGUCUUCUGCCUUUUCCUCACCUUCUUCUACGGCGCCGACGUCUACUUCACUUACCUCAACGUGGCCAACAGACCGACGUCCUUCCCUCCCGCGUCCCAACCCGCCGGUUCCUCCCAGGGCACGCAGGACACGGUAGACACAGCUACCAAUCCGAACAACGUCUUCGUCACUAACCCGACCUAUCCCUCUACCCUGAACUAUCCUCCGUCUACCGUGGCCUAUCCACCUACUGUGAACUACCCACCUACCGCGAACUACCCGCCACCCGAAUACCCUGCUAACAGCCCAAUUGGACCCAAGCCCUAAUUCGGAACGGAUGGGGAUUAACGUUAAGGUAUAGAUUUGGGAGAGGGGGGGAGCGAAUGUUUUUUUUUUUUUUUUUUUUUUUUUUUGUGAAAAUUGUGGUAUUACGCCUCUUUGUUGUGCGUGUAAGAAGCUCGGCAGUUUUACUUGUCUUUGUGAUUUUGAUUGAUAUUAAAGAAUGUACUUGCCAAGAGUGCAAAGCAUACCGUACAUUGGUAAUUUGUACUUUUGAGAGGUACAUUGUUUACAGACAAUGGAAAGAGAGAAACGAUAUUUGGUGUGUUGUUAUAACUGUUCAUCCUGAGAGAAAACAAUAAACAUUCAAACUCGUACACACACACACACACACACACACACACACACACACACACACACACACACACACACACACACACACACACACACACACACACACACACACACACACACACACACACAUACACACACACGUGCGUAUUCCGUUCAGAACCUGAUCUGAUAGCUUUGUCCAGUUGUAAGGACUGUUGUUAUGUUAAUAACUAGUGAUGUACUGGUAAAAUCUAUUUCCAUUUUCUUUUGAUCUGUUUUAUAAGGUCUCUGCUCGUUAGGGACAUUGUAAUAAACUAUUUGAAAUAAAAACCGAAUGAAGCU